AUGGGGCGCGUACUGGUCGAUGGAGGGAGCUCCAUCAACCUCCUCUUCACCGACGCGCUAGAUGCCCUGCAAAUCCGGAGGAGUGCAUUGAAACCAUAUCCUACCUUCUUCAGGAUCACCCCCGGCUCCUCGGCCAAGCCGUUGGGGCAGAUCGAGCUGCCCGUCACUUUUGGUUUGCCGAACAACUUCAGGACCGAGAGGGUCCUGUUUGAUGUAGCGGACUUCGGGACUGCUUACAACGCGAUCCUAGGGAGACCAGCAUUGGCCCAGUUCAUGGGCGUUGCCCACUAUGCAUACCAGGCAAUCAAGAUCCCUGGUCCCAAGGGAGCCAUCACCAUUUUGGGCAACCAAAAGACGGCCUUGCACUGCGACAAGAGGAGCCUUGACAUGGUCGAGCUAACCUUUGGGUCGUAG